AUGGCUUCUUCCUUCUUUCUCACUGCUUUCUUUAUCUUCCCUUUAGCCUUUGCAGCCAACUCCCCGCCCCUUCCUUCCUUCAAACGCAUCUACCAAUUUGGCGAUUCCCUCUCCGACACCGGAAACUUGCUCCGCCUCCCCGGGGGGCGUAUGUUUUACCCCGCUAAUAACCUCCCUUACGGCGAAACGUAUUUCGGUAAAGCCACGGGCCGCUACUCCGACGGGAGAUUGAUCGUCGAUUUUAUCGCCGCCGCUCUCAAGCUCCCGUUCCUCGACGCUUACCUCAACGCCAACGGCUCGUUCGCUCACGGCGUUAAUUUCGCCGUCGCAGGAGCAACGGCGCUCGAUGGAGAGUUUUUCGCGAAGAGGAAUAUUAGCAUUUCGAAUUCCAAACCGCCGAUCAGCAAGCAAUUGGAGUGGUUCGAAACGCACCUCAACUCUGCUGCUUCUCCAACACGCGCCUCGUCGCGAUCGAAAGGACUCGACGAUUCGCUUUUCAUUUUCGGAGAAUUUGGCGGGAACGACUAUUUCCCCUUCUUCCGCCAAGGAAAAUCCAUGGAAGAGGUCAGGACGCUCGUCCCUCACGUCGUGGCCGCAAUAAUCCACGGAAUCAAACGGAUCGUCCACCUCGGAGCAAAGCGGAUCGUGGUUCCCGGCCCGUUCCCGUUCGGAUGCAUGCCGUCUCAACUCGCCGAAUCCAAUUCCUCCGAUCCGGCCGCUUACGACACCUUAGGAUGCCUGAAAGCGUUCAACGCCUUCAGUGCCUACCACAACCGCUACCUGAAACGCGCUCUGUCUUCUCUCAAUCGACAGCUCUCCGGCCAGGGCGUCGUGAUCGUUUACGGCGACUACGAAGGCGCUUUCCUCAAAAUUCUCCAGAAAUCGUCUGCGUACAGAUUCGACAAAGGAUGGCUGCUCAAAGCCUGCUGCGGAGGCGGCGGGAAGUAUAACUUUGACUACUCAAAACCUUGCGGAACCAAUGGCACAGUUACGUGCUCCCGCCCUGGCAGCGCCGUGCAUUGGGACGGCGUUCAUCUCACCGAUGCAUCUUAUCAUCGAAUUGCUCAGAUUCUCAUUGAUCAGGCGAUUACCAAGCUGAUCUGA